AUGGCACGGGUUCAGUUGGACAUCAGGCCUGGGAGCCGCGUGAAGGCACUCCGAAGCACCAAAGAAGACCUGCCGAGCGAUAUCCGCGCAAGUGUUCCAAAGUCGCCGAGCGAGCACCACGGAUACCUCGUGUUGGAGGCCGGAGAAAUCGUUGAGGUGCAAUACGUGGGUACACCUGGUACAGAUGACGAUGGUUGGGGGUAUGGUGUGCAUGAGGGCACUGGUCAGAAGGGCUGGUUGUCAUUGCAGGCCGUGGAAGCAUCGCCCCACUUUGGAUAUCCGCAAGGCAGCACUGCAGUGGCACGCCCGGCAACGAUGAGGAGGCAUGAGCCAGACAUCGAGGGGCUGUCCAGGAUCCUCAUCAAAAUCUUGCGGUAUCCGGAUCCUGUGAACCCGACCGUUAGAGUGGACAAGAAUGGUUGGGCAUCCGUGGCUGACAUCAAGAAAUUCCUGCAUCAUCCUGAUCUCUUGGAGCGUGUUGUCGCGGAGAGCAUAAAGCUAAAGGAUGGUGAAUCAAGGUUUGAAUUUGAUUCGACGC